AUGGCGAAUAAUCCUCUGAUCCAUAAUGGCUCUACAGAACUUUAUUCCUGUGAACACUGUUCAGGAGUAUUUGCUUUUGUUUCAGACUUAAAGAGACAUUUAAAAGGAGUCCAUAAUGGUAAAGAAACAAACUCAUAUGAACAUUGUCCGAGGACAUUCCCUAGUGCUUCACAUUUAAACCGUCAUGUGAGCAUCCAUACUGCCGAGAAACCCUUCACCUGUGAACAUUGCUCAAUGGUAUUUUCUAAAGUUUCAAAUUUAAAAGAUCAUGGAAAAUUUCAUACUGGCGAGAAACCAUUCGCCUGUGAACUUUGCUCAAGAGUAUUUUCUCGAAUUUCAAAUUUAAAAUUACAUGUGAGAAUUCAUACUGGAGAGAAACCAUAUAAGUGUGAAUUUUGCUCUAAGGAGUUUACUCAAAUGGGACACUUGAAAGGGCACCGGAGGACCCAUACUGGCGAAAAACCAUUUUCCUGUGAACAGUGCUCAAAGGUAUUUACCAACGCUUUGAAUUUAAAGAAUCAUCUGAGAACUCAUACUGGCGAGAAACCAUUCACUUGUGAACAUUGCUCAAUGGCAUUUGCUGAUGGUUCGAAUCUAAAAAAGCAUGUAAGAAUUCAUACUGGCGAGAAACCAUAUAAGUGUGAAAUUUGUUCUAGGGAGUUUUCUGAAAUAGGACACAUGAAAAGACAUCGGAUGACCCAUACUCGCGAACGAACAUUUUCCUGUGAACAAUGCUCAAAGGCAUUUUUUAGCGCUUCAAAUUUAAAGAGGCAUCUGAGAACGCACACUGUCGAGAAACCCUUCGCCUGUGAACAUUGCUCAAUGGUAUUUUCUAAAGCUUUAUAUUUAAAAGAUCAUGUGAGAAUUCAUAUUGGCGAAAAACCAUAUAAGUGUGAAAUUUGUUUUAAGGAGUUUCCUGAAAUACGGCCCCUGGAAAGACACCGGAAAACCCAUACUGGUGAAAGAACAUUUUCCUGUGAACAAUGCUCAAAGAUAACUAGUGUUAGAAGUGCAUAUGAAGGGGCACUCAUGGUGCCAAUUCCGCCAUUGUAA